ACAACCCGCCCUACAAAAAAAAGUGGUACAUCGUUCCACCUAAAAUCCCCAAAUUGUCAAAACCCUAGAAAUUCAUAUGGUGAGCUCGUAAUCAAAAUCAAAAUCAAGAUGUCAGACAACGUGCCUUUCGAGAUUCAAGAGGAAAUCAUCAAACAUCUUCCGGUGAAAUCACUGAUCCGAUUCCGAUCAGUCUCCAAAUCAUGGAAAUCUCUCAUCGAUAGCUCCGAUUUCAUCACUCAUUACAGCUCCCAACAGCAACAUCUACUUGUGUAUAUCCGUCGGUAUGGUUCUGAGGCAAAAUACGUUUCAAUCGUUGAUGAUAAUACUUUCCCUGAACAGAGAGUCUCUGUGACUCUUCCUCCGUUGGUUAAGAUGCUUGAAAGUUAUAGGAAAAUAGGCAGUUCUCAUGGCUUGUUGUGUUUGUAUAACGACGGAAAACUUGUUAUUUGGAAUCCUUCGAUUAGAAAAGCUGUUGCUGUUGUUGUGCCUAAUGUGGUAGAUGCUAAGAUGUUUAACACCAAGCUCGGGUUUGGGGUUUGUCGCGAGACGAGUGAGCCGAAGGUUGUCAAGAUUAGAUCUAUUAAAAGGUUUGCGGAUCUGGAAAUUGUAACUAGCAUCCCUUGGCAAGUUGAGGUUUUUACGCUAAGUACCGGGGAGUGGAGAAGUCUGAAUAGCAAUCUCCCUCGUAACUCGAUUGUUUUUAGCAGUAGAAUUGAAGCAGGUGGGGUUUGUGUAGAUGGGGUUUUUUAUUGGCUUGCUACUGAUAGGAGUACUGUAGAUGAAACUCGAGCUUAUAAUAUGAUUAUUUCAUUUGAUAUGACAAGUGAAGAAUUUGGAGAAGUAAACCUCCCGGAUAGUUUUGUAUACCACGGGCCUAUGUGGGAUUUGUACAUAUAUAAUCUAAGGGAGUCUCUUGUUUUGGUUGAAUGCAGUGGCGAGGUCGAUGAUCCAGUUUACAAUGUUUGGAUGAUGGUGGACGGUGUACCAAAAUCAUUUACAAAAUUAUACACUAUUCACGCAUCAGAUGCAACAAUAUUUUGCGUACAUGAAUUUAGGAACAGUGGUGAACUUGUAAUGGAAGUUGACGAUGAAUGGGACGGACUAUCCCUUGUUGUUUACGAACCUAACGUAAGGCAAACACGUAAUUUGGGGAUGUCGCUUUGGACUAAUGAUGUAGAUAAAAUUUAUGUGCAUUCCUGUAUGGAAACGCUACUUCUGCUUGAUCAACCAUCAUCUACGGUUUUUGACAAAGGUAAACGCUACAUUGAAAGUUUCAAGAGGAGCACUAAAAACAAAAGGCUUUUGAAGGAUACAAGAAAGAUGAAGUCUUUAAACAUUCCACAUUUACAGAACCUGUUAUAAAUGAUGGGCCAAUUCAGAAAGGGUAUAUGGUCCAAAUAUUAAGGUUGGUGAACUGGUGUUGAUAGCAACAACUUUAAACUUGGUCAUUUGGGGAACUUACAACUUCCAGGCUUCAUUAUGAGAUAAUUAUAUAUACGAUUAUUAUGUCAUGUUUUUUUUUUUUGGAUAGUUGUGUCACAUACUUUGUUUUUUAACUUUGUGUAAUUAUGUCUAAUGUUUGGAAUCGGAAAUGUUGUUUUUGUUCUCAAAUUAAUAUAUGUUUGUUUAUGCUCGAUUGUAUUGGUUCACGUUCA